AUGUGUCCCAUCUACCCGUCAUGUGUCCCAUCUACCCCAAUCGUGUGUCACAUCUACCCCAAUCGUGUGUCACAUCUACCCCCGUCAUGUGUUCCAUCUACCCCGUCAUGUGUCCCAUCUACCCCUAUCCCCCGUCGUGUGUCCCAUUUACCCCGUCAUGUGUCCCAUCAUACCCCGUCAUGUGUCACAUCUAGCCCCGUCGUGUGUCCCAUCUACCACAAUCGUGUGUCCCAUCUACCCCGUCAUGUGUCCCAUCUAGCCCCGUCAUGUGUCCCAUCUAUCCUGUCAUGUGCCCCAUCUAGCCCGUCAUGUGUCACAUCUAGCCCCGUCGUGUGUCCCAUCUACCCCCGUCGUGUGUCCCAUCUAGCCCCGUCAUGUGUCCCAUCUACCCCCGUCGUGUGUCCCAUCUACCCCCGUCGUGUGUCCCAUCUAGCCCCGUCAUGUGUCCCAUCUAGCCCCGUCAUGUGUCCAAUCUACCCCCGUCGUGUGUCCCAUAUACCCCCGUCGUUUGUCCCAUUUAUCCCGUCAUGUGUCCCAUCUAGCCCCGUCAUGUGUCCCAUAUACCCCCGUCGUUUGUCCCAUUUACCCCGUCAUGUGUCCCAUCUACCCCGUCGUGUGUCUCAUCUGCCCCGUCAUGUGUCCCAUCUACCCCCACCGUGUGUCCCAUCUAGCCCCGUCAUGUGUCCCAUCUACCCCCUCUUGUGUCCCAUCUAA